AUGUUCAAUUUACUAAAGUUUAACGAUUUAAUAAAGUUUCGUAUUGUAAGGUUUGAAGUAAAAUCGCUAGCUGUAACGGUGUGUCCUAAUCAUAGAGAGCAGAAUCAGAAACGUUAUUCUAAAAAUUAUUGUGUGAAAAUGGAAAAAUCGAAAUAUCCUCAAUAUAUUGCCAUUUUAAAGGAUGUCAAACCGGUUGUGAUCAGAAAAAACAGUGUAUUAGAGGACUGGGAAGUUAUUAAUCAUCUCAGACAUGACAUUGCAAAACUACUAUUCCAAGACAUUGAUAACAGAGUUUACAGUUACUUACAGUGUGAAGUAGAGCUGAAAAAAUUAAUUCUCAGAAUUAUAUUUGGAUUUGAUUGUAGUAAGCUCUGGUUUAACGGCAAGUUGUAUUGGUCCCUUGAAGACUCAGAGGAAUGUCCAAAAGAAAUUCAGUUUGACCUAGAAAUAAAUAGAAUGUACCUUUAUUUUCCUAAUUAUCCUAUGGAGUGGUUGGAUUUAGAGGAGAAUCAAGUUGACGUUGAUGGCAUUGAGGGUCCUGUGUCUACAAAGAGAAGAAUUGAGUCUGAUAAGAGAAGUCCUAAAAAGGAUAAAAGAGUACGUAUAAAUGACUCAACUCCUUCCAAAAGCUCAAUGGACUCUAACCAGUAG